AUGGCUCACCGACUACGACGGCUGACAGACAAAGAGAUAGCCUGUGUACUGCAAGAUGAUUCUGCAUGUGAAGAUGGUCUCGACCUUGAUGACGAUAGUUUGGCUGACCAUGACUUUGACCCGGAUUUAGGAGAGUUGAAUGAAGAGUCUAUGGGAGUCCAAUUUGUUAUGGAUGAUUUAGUAGACUACUUAAACGAUGACGACUAUAACUUUAACCAUGAGGUAGAAGUAGAUCCGAUAACGUCUAGUUCAGACAUUCCAGAACUUAUAAGGAAAAUUUCGGAAGAGACAAACCUCUAUUUGGUACAGAAAGAUCCGAACAAUAAUUUUUGUGUAUCUGAGACCGAAGUCCGACAGUUUAUAGGUGUCGUAUAUCUGAUGUCACUGAUUCAGCUACCCAGGGUGACCAACCAUUGGGGUUCCAUUCUGGGUACAAAUCUAAUUCAACAGACCAUGCCUUGUAAUAAAUUUGAAAAGAUUAUACAAUAUCUACAUUUCAAUGACAACACAAAAUGUCUUCCUAGGAGCCACCCUGACACUGAUAGGUUUUUAAAAAUUCGUCCAGUCGUUGAUGCUUUGAACGAAGCAUACGCCAAAGUUCCACUAGAAACAAGAGUUUGUGUAGAUGAGCAAAUGUGCUCUACAAAGGCGCGAAAUAUGCUCAAAAGAUAUAACCCCAAGAAACCUCAUAAGUGGGGAUACAAAUUAUUUGUUUUGAGCGGUGUUUUCGGUUUCGCUUAUACGACAGAGGUUGAGACUGGUAAAGAGAAUGUUGUCAAAGCCGACGAGCCAGACUUAGGAGCCUCUUCCAACGUCGUAGUGAGAUUAUCGCGUAUGAUUCUGCGACACCAAAACUACAGGAUCUAUUUCGAUUACUACUUUACAUCUUUGCCUCUUUUGGAAUAUUUAGCAAACGAAGGUAUUCUUGGGCUAGGCACUAUUAGAAGAAGUAGGAUUCCUGAUUGCAAGCUGUCGACAGAGAAAGCGAUAAUGAAGAAAGAUCGUGGAUAUUCAGAAGAAUACGUAUCUAAUAUUAACGAUGUCGAAGUGUCAGCGGUUGUAUGGAAAGACAAUAAACUGGUUACAUUGACUUCCACAUUUGCUGGCCAAAAUCCUAUAUCUGAAGUGAAGAUACGACAAAAAGAACUCGAAGUAUAUUAA